UCCUAAUCUCUCCACAGUGAUGAUGAAACCAAACCAGAAAGCAAAACCACACGCGCCACCGCGUCCUCUCUUCUCCUGUGGCUUCUUCCGCCGCUGCACACAAUCCGUCCUCAGUCCAACCUCUUCUCAUCGUCGUAAGCCAACUACCACCCCUUCCUCCUCCUCAUCCUCCUCAACCUCCACUUCUCAAAGCUUCACUCAAUGGCGUUUCCCUUAUCACCUUGACCACACUCCACACACCGUGACUCUACCCCCCACUCCCACUCUCACUCCUCCUCCGCCGCUGCCUCUUCCGGUCACCACGACUAUCCAAGACACCUUCCAGAUCGCAGAGCUUCACCUCACAUCCGUGUCUGAAUCCGACAAGCUCCUCGCUCUUCAGCUGCUCGAACGUGUCGUGAUACCCGACCCGCCGUCCGACCCGACUUGUCCCCCGGGUCUCAUGCGAGGCCUCGUCUCUUGCCUCCGCAGCAACAACGUCGUAACCGCCAAAUACGCCACCAAGAUCCUACUCGCGCUCUGCCUCGCCGAAGGUAACCGCCACGUGGCGGUGGAGGCUGGAGCCGCCCGAGCGGUGGUGGAGACCGCGGCGGGGCUUGAGAUCUCCGCGGUGGAACGCGCCUUGGCUGCGCUCGAGCUCAUGUGCACGACGGCGGAAGGCGCGGCGGAGGUUCGCCGGCACGCGAUGACGGUGCCGGCGAUGGUGGCGGUGAUGGCGAGGUUGGCCGGGAGGGGGAGAGAGAACGCCAUAAGCAUACUCGCCGUGGUGUACGGAAGAGGAGGAGUUUCCGGCGAAGAGAUUGCGGUGGCGCCGGCGGAGGAAGUGGCGAGGGCGGUGGCUCUGGCGCUUGAAGGAGAGUGUACGGCGAGAGGGAGGAGAAAAGGGGCCCACCUGUUGAAGACCCUUGAGGAAUAUGGACGGUUGGAUCUGAGUCAGAAUGGGAUGUGAGAAAAAUAAAAUCUAACGGCUGAGGUUAUGUCAGAUAAUCUGAAAGCUUGUUUGGUGUCACGGGCUUGUUGUUCUUUUGUUAAAGAAGUGUGGGCCUUGGCCUCUCUGUCUCCCGCCUUUCUAUGUGCAUAUUAUAUGAAUCGUGUUUUCCUAAAUAAGUUACCUUCGAGGACGAAAUUAAAUUACUAGGAUUUAC